AUGGUGACAACAUUAAAAUCCAUCAUUCAUUCUAUUUUGUUUUACAUUUACAUUCAAUGCACAAAUGCUUUUGUUGAAUCUAUUAACACUCCUUGUAUUACUCAAGUUGAAGCAAUAUCAGAUAGUAUGCUUUUAAGUAAAAGUAUGGAAAAAUUUUCUACUCAUGUCACUAAGGAAUAUUGUUACAGUGAAUUGCCUAAUAGAAAAAGUGAAAUAUAUGGGAUUAAUAUUUCUGAUGAUUGUUAUGUUUAUUCAAAACAAAGAUAUAUUCAUUUAUAUAAUCAUACAAUUUCUAGGUGUGGUCAAUGUAUUGAAAUUAUUGGUCCAUCAUUGAUGCCUUAUAAAUGUAUGAUUUCUGGAUGGUUUACAUACAAUGGAUCUGAUAUUAAUGAUAAUAUAUUAAAUAAUAUUAUUCUUGUAAAUGAUAUUGUUGCAAAGAAAUUAGUUUCAGAAAAAGAAGAGUCAGGGUUUCAAAUAGCUAUGUCUUAUUCUUCUUGUAAUUAUGUAGUAUUACCAUCGUUAAUUGUUAUUCGUUCUAAUUCAACAACUUUAACAAUAUUAGUGUAUAAUACAAAUGAACGUCUUUACUCAAUUAGUAAUGGAGUGUGGAGUAAUGUCAUUGAUAAAGAUGGUUAUUUUUAUAUCGACCCUCCUAUCAAUGGGUUUUACGAAAGGUUGGUUGUAAGUUCAAUAGAAAGGAGAACAAUUGUUUUCAAUAAAAUUACUUCACAAACGGGAAAGGUUUAUCAUCCAAUUUCACAAUUUAGUAAAGUAAAAGAAAAUAAAAAUUGUUGUUUUAUUCCUUCUAAAAUAAUUUUUAGUAAUACCAUUAAUUAUUCAGCAUUAAAUGCUGGCUUUAAAUAUUUAGUUAGUUCAUUUACAAUCAUAAAAAAUCUUUUUAUUAACGAUAAAAUUGAAGCUACCCAAGGUGUAGUUAGUACCCAAUCUAUUUCAUUACUUCUUAACGGAAAAAGAAAUGGGAUUAUUAUUCAAUACCCUACAUCUAUUCAAGUCACAAAACAUUUUAAAGAAACAGUUAUUCAGAUAAAUUCAUCAUCAUUGGUUGUUAAAGAGAUAUACCUUGCACAACUUAAUUUAGUUUCACAAAAUGACUCAAGUAAUGUUCAUAUCUUACUUGAUUUAAAUGAAAAUUGUAAAUUCUUCAUAGAAAAAGCAUUUUCUAAUCAAUACAAUCUUAGGAUCGGACUCAACCAAACAAUUAAAGGAUUUUUUAAUUCAUUAAUAAUUGACUUCGAAACUAACGAUUCUUCUAUUCAAAUAACUUCCGCUGAAAGCAUUGAAAGAAAUGAAAAAUCAAUGGUAGGAUGUACUAUAGAUUCUUUCGAUUGUAAUUAUACUGAAUGUUCUGUAUCAAAUGAUAGAGAUUGUUAUCAAUAUUGUGGAAGUUGUAUGCCUGGGUUUCAUUGCACUUCUUCUGGAUUUUGCGAAAUAUCUACCUCUAUUCCUUCAUCAUCUUUCUCAUAUGUUCAUUUCUUGGUUUUAUUUCUAAUUUUAUUCGUAUUUAUUUAA